GAAACUCAAGCUGUUAAAACCGCUGCCCCUGCCCCUCGGAAUCGCAUCUCGAGACUCGCCGAGCGUCCCAGCCCGCCUCGCUCCCGCAGCGGGCGCCGGGACCCGUGGACCCAGAGCUAUGUUCACCCGCACUCGGGUGGUGGGCUCCGGGCUCGGCGCCUCUCCCGCCCCCGGCCCGGCCCGGGACCCCCCUGGGCGGCGCCCGGAGCCAGGCAGGCUGCAAGGUCCCAGACGCGGGGUGGAGGCGGCGCCCCCGAGCCCCGCGCAGGAGAGCCCGGGGCUCGCGGGCCAGCGGCUCCCAGGUGCAUAUACUGUCAUAGCACCAAAUGAAAACCGAAGAAAUCAGAUACAAAGGAUUGCUGAGCAAGAGCUACAGAGUCUUGAGAAGUGGAAGGAGCAACAUGGAGCGAAGCCCGUUAACCUGGCGCCAAGGCGGUUAGGUGGAAGCCAAUCAGAGGCUGAAGUCAGGCAGAAACAACAACUCCAACUGAUGCAAUCUAAAUACCAGCAAAAGCUAAAAAGAGAAGAAUCUGUAAGAAUCAGGAAGGAAGCGGAAGAAGCCAAAAUGCAAAAAAUGAAGGCAAUUCAGAGAGAGAAGAGCAAUAAACUAGAGGAGAAAAAAAAACUUCAAGAAAACCUCAGAAGAGAAGCAUUUAGAGAGCACCGGCAAUACAAAACUGCUGAGUUCCUGAGCAGACUGGACACAGAGUUGCCAGACAGAAGUACCCAUCAAAUUGCUCUUCGUGACCCACAGUCUUCAGCUUGGGCCAGAAGCCGGGCUUAUAAGGAUUCUCUAAAGGAAGAAGAAAAUAAAAAAUUGCAAAAGAAGAAGGAGGAACAACAUCAGAAGAGUGAAUUACUGGAAUUUAACCGACAGCAACAGGAGGAAGAAAGAACCAAAGCCCACCAAGCUGAACACAGAAGGGUAAAUAAUGUUUUUCUGGACCGGCUCCAAGGCAAAAGUCAACCAGGUGGCUUUGAGCACUUUGGAGGCCAUUGAAAUAUGAAUAGUGGUGACAGCUGGGAUGUAUGAGAAAUACUUACUUACAUCUGUCCUUUGUCAACUGACCUGAAGAACCUCACUUGAUGAUUUUCCUUAGUGCUCCUUUGUUUAUCCUCACGGGUUUUAUCUUGACUUCAAUUGCGCACCCACUUCUCUGAACAACUGGGGAUGACCAGUUUUUCCCUGUCAUUAUUUACAUGUUUGUAGGAGCUGAUUGCUGAGCUCAUAUUUAAUUUCUAUUGCCAUUGGAAUGUUACACUAUUUCUCUCAUUGGUUUCACAUCUUAUUGGAAGCCUAAUUACAGCAAUGUUAGUAAGAUGAAAAAGGAGGGAGUCAUUUGAUACUUUCAGGUUUGCAAGAGCUAUGGGUGCUGCAUGCUUGUCUCUCAAAGCAGCUAAUUCUUAUGUAAUUCUCAGAUCACAUUUGGGGAAGCUUUGGCAUUUUUUAGAUUUUAAGCUCUACUUAAUCUGGGGUACAAACUUGAGCAAAAGAAAAAAUCUUUUACACUCUUUUAAACACAUUUAUGAAUAAAUUUUGAAAUACUUCUGUAUAAGUGGUAUUUAUUUAUUUAUUUAUUUAUUUUUAAAGAUUUUAUUUAUUUAUUUGAUAGAGAGAGUGAGAGAGCACAAGCAGGGGGAGCAGGAGAAGGAAAGGGAGAAGCAGGCUCCCUGCUGAGCAGGGAGCCCGAUGCGGGGCUCCAUCCCAGGACGCUGGGAUCAUGACCUGAGCCGAAGGCAGACGCUUAACCAUCUGAGCCACCCAGGUGCCCCAAGUCUGUUUUUAUUUUUAAUGAAAAGCUCUUAAGUUUUUCUCUUUUGAUGGGUCUAAUUUUUAUAUUCAUUAUAGUCCAUGUAGAUCAAAUGUAGGACUGCAGUCACUAUUGGAUCUGCCUUUGGUAUUGAUUUACUUACUAAUACUGUUCCUCUGGUUUUUCACAGUGGGCCAGUUAAUUGCCUGAAAGGCCAUUGUUUAUAUAAAAAUCAACUAGAUACAAAUAUGGAUACAAUGUGUGGUUUUUAGGUGUUUUGGAAACUUGUCUUUUCUCUGUACAAUAGAGAAAAAUGUUCUAUAGCUAAUUCAGUAGGCUUUCCUAUUCUACUUUUAUGCCUUUAACCAGGUUAUAGACCUUAGAGUGCAAGAAUAUUGGUUUUCCAUGCUUUAUGCUCUAGUCCCAACUCCAUGUUAUAUAGGAGAGCAUUGCAUUUAGUCUUAGAAUGAAGGUUGGAAGAGCAAAUAGUUUUUGCAGCUGGGAAACUAAUACUAUUUUUUUAAUGACAUGUAAUUGACAUGCAAUGUUUUAUUAGUUUCAGGUGUAUAAUAUAGUGAUUUGAUAUUUGUAUACAUUGCAAACUGAUCACCACUGUUAAGUCUAGUUACCAUCUAUCACCUUGCAAAGUUAAUAUAUUAUUUGGUAUAUUCCCCAUGCUGUACAUUAUAUCCCCAUAACUUGCUCAUUUUAUAACUGGAAGUUUGUGUUUCUUCAUCCCCUUCACCCAGUCCCCUACUUCUCCAAAACCUCUCUGGCAACUACUAAUUUGUUUUCUGUAUUUGUGUGCUUGGGUUUUGUUUGUUUUGUUUUAGAUUCCACAUAUAAGUGAAACCAUGCAGUAUUUGUCUUUCUCUGUCUGACUUAUUUCUCUUAGAACAUUACCCUCAAGUUCCACCCAGGUUAUCACAAAUGACGAGAUUUCAUUCUUUUUUGUGGCUGAGUAGUAUUCCAUAUAAGGAUUAUUUGUUUUCUGUGAAAAAUUCCAUUGGGAUUUCUAUAGGGAUUGCACUGAAUCUGUAGAUUGCUUUGGGUAGUAUGACAUUUUAAUAAUAUUAAUUCUUCUAAGCCCUGAGCACAGAAUAUCUUUCUAAUUAUUUGUAUUACCUUCAAUUUCUUUCAUCAAUAUCUUAUAGUUUUCAGUGUACAGGUCUUUCACUUCCUUGGUUAAAUUUAUACCUAGGUAUUUUAUUCUUUUUGAUGUGAUUGUAAACAGAAUUGCUUUUUUCUUUUUUUUUUUCAGAAUUGCUUUUUUUGAUUUCUCUUUCUUAUAGUUCAUUAUUAAUAUACAGAAAUGCAACAGAUUUUUAUAUAUUAAUUUUAUAUCCUGCAACUUUACUGAAUUAAUUUAUACUAAGUUUUUUUGGUAACAUCUUUAGGGUUUUCCAUUUAUAGUAUCAAAUCAUCUGCAAAUAGUAACAGUUUUACUUUUUCCUUUGCAAUUUGGAUGCCUUUUGUUUCUUUUUCUUGCCUAGUUGCUCUGGCUAGGACUUCAAUAUUAUGUUGAAUAAAAGUGGGGAGAGUGAGCAUCCUUUUCCUGUUCUAGAUCUUAGAGGAAAAGCUUUAAGCUUUUCACCAUUGAGUAUGAUAUUAACUGUGGAUUUUGUAUGUUCCCUCUAUCCCCACUUUAAUGAGUUUUUAUCAUGAAUGGAUGUUGAAUUGCAUCAAAUGCUUUGUCUGCAUCUACUGAGAUGAUCAUAUUUUAAUCUUACAUUUUAUUAAUGUGGUAUAUUGCAAUUGAUUUGUGGAUGUUGAGCCAUCCUUGUAUGCUGCAAUAAGUCCCAGUUAAUCAUGUAUGAUCCUUUUAAUGUAUUGUUGGAUUCGGUGUGCUAAUAUUUUGUUGAUAAUUUUUACAUAUGUGUUCAUCAGGGAUGUUGGCCUGUAAUUUUGCUUUUUUGUGGUGUCCUUGUCUGGUUUGGGUAAUGCUGGCUCAUAAAAUGAGUUUGGAAGUAUUCUCUCCAAUUUUUUUUGGAAGCCUGUCCCUUAGGCUGAAGCCCCAGGUUAAGUAAAUAAACCUUGUCACAGGAA